CUCGGCCACUAGCGAACAUGUCUCAUAUCCGUCAUCUGAACCUCUUCGUUACUUGCAUAUCUGCAGCUGCAAAUGCGCUAUGCGCAGGCGGCGUGUUCACGUUCCCUCUCAUGUCCCCUGCACUUGUCGCUCACCUGAAGCUCACCCAGCCACAGCUCACCACUAUCGCCUUGGCUGGGAUGAUGGGACAAUAUCCCUUUGCCGCAGUCGUGGGCAAGGUCAUUGACCGCUACGGUCCAUGGGCCUGCUCGCUGGUUUCCGCCUGUCUGUUCUCGUCCGGCUUUGGGCUUUUCGCUCGGGAAAUCGCAAAGACUCCGGAUGAUAUUUCCCAGCCAUCAUCUAGCUCAUUCCACCACCUCACUCUCUAUUUCUUCAUUGCGGGCUUGGGCACAGUCUUCUCGUAUUUCUCAUCGGUAUUUUCUGCGUCCAAGAACUUUCCGGACUUUAUCGGGAUGGCUUCUGGAACCAUGAUGGCUCUGUUCGGGCUAUCCCCGAUGUUUUUCUCUCUGGUAGCAUCAACGUUCUUCUCAACCCCUCAAAAUGGGCUAGAUGUGACACAUUACCUCCAAUUCCUCUGCAUUCUAUGUGGCUCAGUCCAUCUUCUCGGCGCUUUGGCGUUGACCAUACCGGCCUCCGCCAGAGUUGACAGUGACAUCGUGUCUGAGGCUGAAGAUGAUCCAGAGGCAGUAGCAGAUGAGAAUACAUCACUGAUCCCUGGGAAGCGGCCUCAAGCUCAAGUGCAAGUCAUUCCAGUGGAGGAGGCUGAUGCCGUUGCUGAUCUUCUGAGGGACGGUAACUUUUGGCUGUUAGCAUUUGUCACCUUCGUUGUCCUUGGAUCCAGUGAGAUGGUGUUGUCAAAUAUUGGGACCAUUGUUCUCUCUGUGCCCGCACAGUCAUCUUCUAUCGUUAAGGCCUUUGAAGCGUCGAGCGAUGCAACGACCUCCCUUCAAGUUAGGAUUCUCUCCCUUGCAAACACGAUCUCUCGCCUCUUGGUUGGCCCAUUGGCGGAUUUCAUAUCACCUGUUGCAUCCCUCCUUCCUUCUGGUGAAAGAAGUUUUGCAAGGAAACACCACAUGAGCCGUGUUUUGUUCUUGACAUUCUCGACCACCGCCCUUGCUCUGACCUUCAGCUGGAUGGUUUUUGGAGUUCGCUCUGAGGCUUCACUCUGGGCUCUGAGUGCUGGAGUUGGCAUCGCCUACGGAUGCGCCUUCACGGUGUUGCCAAGCCUUGUUUCUUCGAUAUGGGGCAUGCCGAAUCUAGGACGCAACUACGGCGUUCUCACAUACGCGCCUUUCAUUGGCACACCGUGUUUCUCAUACUUAUAUGCCUUCGUUGCGGAUCGCCAGCAUCAGUCGUAUGGCGUGUGCAAGGGGGUGGAGUGCUGGCAGUUGACUUUCUUCGUGAGCCUCAUAGCGGCGGUUGUCGCGCUUUGCGUGACCCUGAGGCUCUGGAAGACGUGGAAGGGCAUGAUUUGAUUUAUAUUGCCCUUCACCGUCGGCCUUUACACAAGGAAGCCUCAGGUCCAUGGUGGUAGGUCAGAUAUAUCAUAUGUUAUUGGCUCUGUUAUUUAGUCCUAAUCGAUUUCCAGAGUUACUCUCGUGCAUUUGUACAUAUUAUAAUUAGACAGUCCUGAAAUUGGAAUACUUGCAGUUGUUUUCUUAUCAAUGUC